AACAGAUCUAACCCUAGAAAAUAGAAAUUAACAAAAAGGACUCAUCGGCACAAAAUUAAUGUCUUUUCCUUUGAAAGUAUACAAAGACGGUAAUACAUGUGUGUUUUGGGACGUCUCGAACUACCCGAUUCCUGAUGGUCAGGAUCCUGUAUUGCUUUCUCGGGAUAUCAAAGAAGCUCUUGUGAAAGAGGGUUUUAAUGGGGAGGUCACAAUCAAGGCUUACGUUGAUAAGCUCUCAGAUGAAUUGCAAAGUCAAUAUUCGGAUGCCAAUGUCAAAGUCACCAUCUUUCCUGAAGGUGGUAAAUUUGGGAGGAUUUCUUUCAUGUUAGUGGACGUCCUUAUGUGGGCAAUGUCAAAUCCUGGAGACUCAAAUUUGAUUGUACUCUCAAAAAACGUCAUAGGAGAUGCAAUUUCUUCUUUUCAAGGCCUGUAUGCGAGAAAUCGUGGUGUUCUCUUAUCCGACACUGAUCCAACCUGGAGCCUUCCUUGUGAAACUGCACUCUCGUUUUUGACAUGCCUAUUUGACAAUAGGAGGAAGCGUUAAGAGAUUUACUUACUAUGAUUACUGACUUAGGAAACACGGUUUUUAGGUUUCUGAAUGAGGAACGUCACGAUGUGUAGAUUUCACGUUUCGUAAUUUAUUUCGUUAAAAGAGUUUUAGUGAUCUCAUGUUCAUCCAUCUAAUUUACAUGUGUUCCCACACGUGCUUAUGUAGUGAACGUCACGAUGUGUAGGUU